AAUAUCUCCACCUCAAGACGACCCGAAAAGGAAAUAUUCAUUAUUUAUUUUUAGAAAGAAAGUUUCUUGGAACACUUGGGGGGUGUCAUUCUAUAUUUCUAUUAUUGCUGUCCACCAGUUCUGGGCUGAGGUAGUCUCAAAAGCCUCAACCUUUGGUGUUGGAAAGCGAUUUGGGAAGUCUCUCUCUCUUGGGUUUAUAGAUUUGAUCAACUCAAGGUUGCGGAUGGAAUUGGACCAUUUAGUCGUUAGUUUCACCCAAUUAGCUACAGAUUGGAGAGUCAAAUUGAGUUUCAGUUCUUUUGCUCUCCUCUGAAACUGAACGUAUUGGAGUUGGAGAUUCUUAAUUAUUCCUGGUUUCCUAUGCCAGUCUGAGUUCAGCUUCUGUGAAUCCUACUUCAAUGAUGUUGGUUUUCUAAUAAAGGGUUUUCAGUGAGAAGAAUCAUAGCUUCUCGAUCAUGGAUAUUCCGUAUGAAACAACACCAAGCAAUGGUGAAGUAGCCAAUAAUGGCCUUCAGAUUAUUAGAUACUCUCCUUACCAGCAGUACCAGCACAAUAGUAAAUUAUCAUCAUCAUGGUUUGCUCUGAGAGUCUUCUAUGUUCGGAUCAGCAACUUUAAGGUGGAUGAAUGUACCCCCAAGUAUCUGACCCUCAACCAUAUUCCUCUAUGCCCGGAUACCCUUUUGGAAGUAAAUGGUGCGAGAACUAGCAUGUACUCUGAUGGUGUAUCUUCACAUCUUAGAAGGGAUCGGGUAGACAAGAAAUCCGAAGAAGUCACAUUUGUUAAUACAGACAGCAUAAGGUUCACAGGGAGUGUGAAAUUUGAGGUGUUUGAUAAAGAUGAUCUCAUUCUCUCCGGGGUGUUAGAUAUGUCUAAUAGCAAUGGUUUCGUUGGGGAAUCGAAGAACAAUACCAAGCGAUGGAGCAUGAAUUGUGAAUCGGAGAUCACUGCUGGCACUGGAUUUUUGAAGGGAAAACAACUCAAUGGCACUGAAUCUCCUGCACCGAGCAUUGAGGUUUACGUUGCUGGCUCUUUCUCUGGAACACCAAUCAUCUUAACUAAGACCCUGCAGAUUAGUUUCCGGAACAAGCACAACAGGAAGAGCACUUUGGAUGCAAUUCCAGAGUAUGAAGCAGCUGAACUACAGAAAGAUGAGUCCCCUGAACUUGAUAUGGAGGUGGCGGAUUAUAGAAACUACAAACCAGAAAAUGAGGAAGAGUAUGGCAUGUACUGGAGGAGGAAUGAAUACAUGGAUGGUGAAGAUGGUGAACUUUCAUGGUUCAAUGCUGGCGUGAGAGUUGGCGUUGGAAUCGGACUUGGCAUUUGUCUUGGAGUUGGUAUAGGGGUCGGUUUGCUGGUUCGUACAUAUCAAACAACCACUCGAACUUUCAAGAGGCGACUGGUGUGAUAUCUGUAAUCUGGACGUGUUUAUUCGUCUAACUACGACCUGGACUGAUGAUUUUGACAGAGUACUGUUUGUGUAGCUGACGGUUACAUGUUCUUUUUUCUGUAUUUUUUGCUCCCAUAAACUCUUGUUGCGAGGUUUGAUUAGAAGGCUUGACAGGUAAUCUAGUUGUGUAAUGGAAAGGGAUGACAGUCUUUUAUACUGAAUGAGUGUAUACAUGUUUGAAGAUUGUAUUCCAUUGUAAAUAGCA